GCUACAGCUGGCACUAGCAGCGGAAAAGAUGGCCGCGCGGAGGGAGUGCAGAGAGCCUGCACGGCCGGCUAGAAACACAGAAGGGACAGCUGCAUGAAGUCUCUCCCAAUUCAGAGAUUGAUAGGCGGUGACAAGGCAGCAGCCCUCGGGCAGAAAGACGCUGAGAGACCUCGUCCCCACAAGGAUAACUGUCAGGGGCUACACUUGGCCCACUGCCCACAAAAAGACCGCUAAUAGAGAACAUUUCCCAAACCCGGAAUUGGGUGAGACCGUCUUAGCCAAUCUUCUGAGAGGCGUUCGUAACGUCAUUGGUUGCUUUCCAGCCAUUCUCGUGACGUCAUCCCGCAGCGCCGGAAACGGUGUGGCACGGCCGGAACAGAGAGAUCGUGUCGGUCUCGGUUGUGUUGAGGGUAAUGAUGCGGGUGUGCUGGCUGGUGAGACAGGACAGCCGGCACCAGCGAAUCAGGCUCCCACAUUUGGAAGCAGUUGUGAUUGGGCGCAGCCCCGAGACCAAGAUCACUGAUAAGAAAUGUUCUCGACAGCAAGUACAGUUGAAAGCAGAGUGUAACAAGGGAUAUGUCAAGGUAAAGCAGGUAGGGGUCAAUCCCACCAGCAUUGACUCAGUCAUAAUUGGGAAGGACCAAGAGGUGAAGCUGCAGCCUGGCCAGGUUCUCCACAUGGUGAAUGAACUUUAUCCAUAUAUUGUAGAGUUUGAGGAAGAGGCAAAGAGCCCUGGCCUGGAAACACACAGGAAGAGAAAGAGGUCAGGUGACAGUGAUUCUGUAGAAAGGGAUGUUGCCCAGGAAGCUGAGCCAGGGACAGGACUGGAUCCCAAGAGCAGCCCUACCCAAUGCUCUGUGCCCACAGAGAAGGAGGAAGAUGCAGCUACCAAAAAGGUAUCAAUAGGCCACUGGAGUCAAGGUUUGAAGAUUUCUAUGCAGGAUCCCAAAAUGCAGGUUUACAAAGAUGAGCAGGUGGUGGUGAUUAAGGAUAAAUAUCCCAAGGCGCGUCAUCACUGGCUGGUCUUACCAUGGGCCUCCAUUUCCAGUCUGAAGGCUGUGACCCGGGAACACCUUGAGCUCCUCAAACACAUGCACACUGUGGGGGAAAAGGUGAUUGCAGAUUGUGCUGGCUCCAGCAAACUCCGCUUUCGAUUGGGCUACCAUGCCAUCCCCAGCAUGAGCCAUGUGCACCUUCAUGUGAUCAGCCAGGACUUUGAUUCCCCCUGCCUUAAAAACAAAAAACAUUGGAAUUCUUUCAAUACGGAAUACUUCUUAGAAUCACAAGCUGUGAUCGAGAUGGUACAAGAGGCUGGCAGAGUGACUGUUGGAGAUGGGAUGCCCGAGCUCCUGAAGCUGCCCCUUCGUUGUCAUGAGUGUCGGCAGCUGCUACCUUCUAUUCCUCAGCUGAAGGAGCAUCUCAGGAAGCACUGGCCGAAGUGACUCUGAGGAGACCGAACUUCUGCAGCAAGUGUGGCCAAUCCUUUGGCACGAACUCCUGGCACUUGUUUUGGAUUGCUUGUGAACUUUUACUUAUUUCUUGAAUUAAAACAUGGCAGCUUGUUCAGAAA